AUUUCCUGUGAGUAAUCUUUUCGCUCACAUUUGAACUGAAUGCGCGCCGAGGAGGUGGCCUACGGCACGAGCUGACCGUGAAGGCGGCGCGGUGUCAAGUGUAAUUUGCUGGCCAAUAGUGGGCUCCAGGUACGGCCUACAGAGCAGCGUCACCGUCCGAGCGAACACAACACCGGUGGAGACGAUGGAAAGCAAGCAGAGCCAGAUGCUGAACCUUGAGCAGGUGCAGGCGCUGGAGACCUGGCUGAAAACAACCAAUACAAAGCUGACUCAAGUUAACGGCCAGAGGAAGUACGGCGGACCACCCGAGGUGUGGGAUGGGCCCCCCCCAGAAGCCCGCUGUGAGGUCUUCAUCAGCCAGAUCCCUCGGGACACCUACGAGGACCUGCUGAUCCCUCUGUUCAGCUCCGUGGGGCCCCUCUGGGAGUUCCGGCUCAUGAUGAACUUCAGCGGCCAGAAUCGCGGCUUCGCCUACGGCAAAUACGGCUCGCCAGCUGCGGCUAACGAAGCCAUCCGCCUGCUGAACGGUCACAUGCUGGAGCCCGGCUCCCACCUCAGCGUCCGCCGCAGCACCGAGAAGAGACACCUCUGCAUCGAAGACCUGCCAGCCAGCACCAGGCAGGAGGACCUGCUGAAGGUGCUGCGUGUGCUGGCCGAGGGGGUGGAGAGACUGUCCCUGAAGGCUGGGCCUGGUAUAGACGGAGUGUCUGCUAUAGUGGCCUUCACAUCCCACCAUGCUGCUUCUAUGGCCAAGAAGUUGCUGGUGGAAGCAUUCAAGAAGCAGUUUGCAUUGAACAUCUCAAUCAAUUGGCAGUCCACAGUGAAGCCGAGCUUGGACGAGCAACUGUCUCCACACAAACCGUCAAAGAGCCUCCUGCCGUCAGCCCUGAAGCCGCCGUGCCACAUCCCGAGCUCGCCACUGACCUCGGCCCCGCCCCCUCGCAUGGUCCACCCUCCAUCUGCCCCCCUGUGUUUCUGCCGGGCAGUGGGAGGACCCACUGUCCCCCAGCACCCUCCCCCUCCCAGAUCCUCCCCCUCUUCCUCACAGGGGCACCUCGUGUCCACGGCGCUCUUGCAUAAGCUGUGUGAGGCGACUGGCGUUGGCCAGCCACUCUAUGAGAUGUACUACAGCCACGCGGUGCCUGAUGGAUUCCUCUACUUCACCUAUACGGUGUGCAUCCCCGGGAUAACCACGGCCUUCAAAGGGCUGGUCAUGAUCUUGCCGGGACCCACUGCCACCGCCACGCUGGAAGAAGCUUGGCGGGCUGCAGCCCAGCAGGUCCUGCAGAGGCUGUACAACAAUGAGCUCGCCCACUGACGAGCUGAUCAGAUAAUAUACAGUACUGUUUGUUUUGUCAAUGAUGUUAUAUCUAAAAAGAGAUGUUUAAUCUUAUAUGUAGUUAGUUGAUUUAUGCAUGCUUUUAUAAGUAGUAUUAGUAGACUCGUUUGUCUUGUUUUCAUUUCUGUCGUUUGUUUUAUGCAUGUUUUUUUAAUGUGUGUUACUGUUUGAUUGGUUCCUCAUUUUAAUUAAAUGAGAUUUGAAAAGAAAGGAUGAAGGUGGUGGUACUUUCUAUAAAUGUUUCAUUUUGUGGUUAUUGUCAUGACAUUUUAAUUUCUGCGUUAAAACCACAUAAUUUUGUAGAUUAGUUUUUAUGGUGAU